GCAGCGGCACAUCGGGCUGGACUCCGGGCAGCGGCACAUCGGGCUGGACUCCGGGCAGCGGCACAUCGGGCUGGACUCCGGGCAGAGGCACCAGGUGGAGCAGUGGGCCCCCCGGGCCACCAGGCGGAGCGGCGGGCGCCGGGCCCCCAGGUGGAGCGGCAGGCAUCGGGCCCCCAGGCGGGGCGACAGGCAUCGGGCCCCCAGGCGGAGCGGCGGGCGCCGGACCCCCAGGCGGAGCAACAGGUCUCGGGCCCCCAGGUGGAGCGACAGGUCUCGGGCCCCCAGGCGGAGCGGCGGGCGCCGGACCCCCCAGGCGGAGCGACAGGUCUCGGACCCCCAGGCGGAGCGACAGGUCUCGGGCCCCCAGGCGGAGCGGCGGGCGCCGGACCUCCAGGCGGAGCGACAGGUCUCGGGGCCCCCAGGCGGAGCGACAGGCACCGAGUCACCAGGCACGAUAGUGAGCUCCGAGUCAACUGGCAUGACCGCGGGCACUGG